CUCCGAAACCCAGAACUGGCGGCGCAAUUGUGAUAGACUUUGGAUUUCGUGGGCGAGAAGCCACAGAUGUCACAGCCUUGGCACAGCGCUGUCGAGCAGAGUCAGGGGGCGUUGUUGAGCCGGCUGCGGUCCUUCACUUCGUGCAAAGUACAGUAUAUAUUGUACCACAAGUCAUGUUUAUGCUCUCAUCUUUGCGUCCGUCCGAGCGAUGCUUCCCCUGCAGCAAACCUUCGGCCACGAUCUGGCUCCAUGCGUCAUCGAUGAGCCGGCAGCGAGGAGCUUUCGCCGGCGGGCGAUGGUACCAACUGCCUUCCGGCUUGCAGAAAGUUCAACAACGCCAGGAAACGUACCCCAAGAUCAACAAAGCCUAAGAGACGAAUGUAUAAAACAGCGAGAGACGACCUAUCGACUGCGCGUCUUCUGUCUCAUCCGAUCAAUCUGCAUUCUGUCGUUGCCAAUAUUAAUCCCAUCACCUUGUCCGUUCACCCACAAUGACUGCUGCAAAGCACUCCGGCUCCGAGGCGACGCCCGCUAUCGCUGUCUGCGGACCACAGCCGAAUCUUGCUGCUGGAGUGACUCGACCCGCCAUUUCUGCGGAGUGCCGCGAUUCGGGCUACUUCGACACCUCCGCGUCUAACACCCCUGGAUCCCCCAGAUUGGCCCUGAGUGCGGCCCCGGCGUUCAUGCAGGAUGGCGCUCCACCUGUGGCAUUGGACGAGGACAAUCUGGCAGACAGGCCGACGCUGGACAAAUCGAGCGACACAGAUUCCACUACCGAAAGAUGGAGCCAAGAAAUUGCCAGCGACAAAGCACCGCUGUUCCCCGAAUACCAUCCAGUACCUCUCCAGUCAGAGUCUGCGCGAUGGAUCCGCCGAGUGAAGGAAAUGACACUGAGAGCGAUAUUCGGAAGAAGGGCCAUGGCUCGCCGAGGCAAGAGAAAGGCAAGGGCCAGAAAAAUCCGACCGUCGACCAAGACUACUGGACCCGACAAGCACGUGCCCAUGGCCAGUGGCGCGCUGAUGUCCCAGCAGCCGGUGACAGAGGCGGAGCGUGCACACCUCGCCAAGGCUCUGUCAACGUCACUUAGGAGCAGGCCACGUACGGGCCCGCCGCGACCGUGUUCCUGUGGCACGCCCGAUCAUUCGGAAAGCAGCUGCAUUGUGGGAGUCUGAAGAUGGAGGGAGGGUUCGAUUCCAGACCCCGCAAAGCCGCGCAACAGAUCGAGACAGUAAUAGUGGAAGCUGCGUUGUGAGAUCAUGGGCAUUAGCAUGGCGUAUGGGCAGGCAGAAAU